CACUCGAUCUAUCACUCUAACCACAGCAAAGGAGUCGCAAGACUAUUAUCUCGCGAGGUCUCCUAAAGGUGAAAAUUAUAGAUUACGUCUUGCAAAAUCUGGGCAUUUGGUCGGCAUCAGAACAACGCGAGGAAUAAGGGAGACGAACGAAGACAGAUGUCAAGCUUCGGUACUAGAGUUUGAUGUCAAAGAAGGUGGCGAAAAGGAACGGAAAACCUCCGAAAAUGGAGUAGAGUCACACAAAGAAGGCAAAGAAGGUCAAAUUUGUUAUUUUGCUAUAUUUGAUGGUCACGGAGGGGCCCAAUGUGCCGACUAUUUAACCGCCAAUCUCCAUAAACAGAUUGAAGAUGUGCGAGUUUCAGAUGCUGAUGAUGUUAUAUUGCGAUGGAGAAACGUUGGAGGAUUUCGUCCAACAAUAUUAGCACCAUUACUGAGUCCCGAAACUAUGCAACCAAAUACUAAGAAACGUACACUAGACACUGGUGGUAAUUCCGGUUCUAAUGAACAUAAAACCUCUAGAAAUUAUUCGUCCACGACUCAAAAUUCGUUGAUGUCAUCAUCAUCAGCAACCGAACUUACGUUAGAUCAGAGGCUCACCAUAGCAUUUUUGAAAACCGACUUGGAACUUAUAGAUUCCAUUCCACAUUCCGUCGGAUCUACGGCAACGGCUGUUCUCAUCAAGACUUUGGACGGUCAUUCAUUCUGGUCUAGUCAGGAGUUGGAAAUCACAGUUGCUCAUGUUGGAGACACUCGUGCAUUAUUAUGCGAUGUACCUUCAGGGGACGCCAUCUCUUUGACCUUUGAUCAUCAUCCAGGUGCCAUCACAGAACACGAUCGAUUAAGGAAAUCGGGUGGAUAUAUUAUCACCGACUCCUUUGGAUCGGAAAUGUUUUUAGGGAGAUUAGCAAAUUCUCGAGCAAUGGGAAAUUCGAAAAUGAAGAGAUAUGGAGUAUCAGCUGAGCCCGAGAUUGUGAGCAACACAGUAAAAGGAAAAGAUGUAGCUUUUAUGGUUUUGGUGUCUGACGGAGUGACAUCGGUAUUGAGCAAUCAAGAAAUAGUGGAUUGUAUAAAAAAUCAUGAUGAUCCCACAUUGGCUGCGUCAAAGCUUGUGGACCUCGCAGACGAGCUCGGAUCAGAGGAUAACAUAACCGCCAUGGUAUUGAUAUUUUGGCUUCAAAAUGUUGUAACCUUCGAAGAUCGUAAUAUUGACAAUAUCUUAUUAUAUGUCAGGUGGUGCGCCUGCCUGGAUGGGGAUCUCCCAUGCCUGACCUCACGAAAGAUUUAA